UUCCCUACAAACGCAGACAAAUAUCGCAUAAAAGGAGGAACUUCAAGUCCAGGAAGUCCGGGACUUCCACUUUUUAGAAUCGUCUCACCUUUACUGAUUUUCCUUCCCGCCAUCUUCUUAUUUCUUAUUGUUGGAUAAAUCAGAUCUCCAGGCUCUUCUUCCUUACCCUUUUCUGUUUUCCUUAAUAAAAAAAAGGGAAAUUUCAGCAUGUUCUACAGAGGUAAAUAUAUUGAUGGUGCUGAUGGGCGUGAGAUGGGUGCAAAACGUCAGCGUAUCAUUGAUCAAGGCCCUUCAUUCUAUGGUAAACCGCCGGGUUCAAACUUUAUGUACACUGUCCCUCCUCCUCCAUACCCGUAUGUUAGCCAACCUCCACCAUUCCCUGUUGUUCGACUUCGUGGUCUUCCCUUCGAUUGCACAGAGGUUGAUAUGGUUGAGUUCUUCCAUGGUCUGGACAUAGUCGAUGUCCUGUUUGUCCAUAGAAACGGCAAGUUCACUGGCGAGGCUUUUUGCGUUUUGGGUUAUCCUCUUCAGGUUGAUUUCGCACUUCAGAAGAAUAGGCAAAACAUGGGCAGGAGGUAUGUAGAGGUUUUCAGAAGCAAGAGACAGGAAUAUUAUAAGGCAAUAGCGAAUGAAGUGGCUGAUGCUCGCGGCGUUUCGCCUCGCAGAAAUGCCCCGAGGGCCAAAUCAUGUGAUGAAGCAAAGGAACCCGCUGAACAUACAGGGAUAUUGAGAUUGAGGGGCUUGCCAUUUUCUGCUGGAAAGGAUGAUAUAAUAGAGUUCUUUAAACAUUUCAUGUUAUCUGCGGAUGCGAUUCAUAUAGUGUUGAAUUCAGAGGGGAGGCCAAGUGGGGAAGCAUUCGUGGAGUUUGCGAAUGCAGAAGAUUCUAAAGCCGCAAUGGCCAAGGAUAGGAUGACGCUUGGGAGCCGUUAUAUUGAGUUGUUCCCGUCGUUCCCCGAAGAGAUGGAUGAUGCAAUUUCCAGAGGACGAUGAUACUUCUGAUGAUGUUCUUAUUUGCUAUUCUGAACCUGUUAUGACUUCUUACCGUGUUUUAGGCUUUUAUCUGAUAUGGCUAGUCUUCGAUCGUGGAUUGUCGAAACUUGUCGGUUACGAGUUGAAUUUCGUCUGGACAGGACAGUUUAGGUCAAUUAGAUUAUAGUUUUGCUCUAUGGUAGUUGUAGCAUUAUUUACAUUUUGUUAGUCAAAACUUGUGAGGUGUUGUACUCUUGAUGGGAUUCUUUCUGAUACUUAUUGGGCAAAAAUAAUGUAUGAACAUGUUCGUCCGUAUCUCAUU